CGUUCGAGACAACAAGGCAGUGUGGUUUGCUCAUAGUUUAAGCUGUCAGGAAGAAAAUUUAUGUUUAAGUGCUUGGAGGUGUAAUGGAGUCUACAUCACUAAAAUGCAGGAAAUGUCGGAAGAAUGUCCUGGAUUCAGCAAGUCUUUUGGUUAAGAAUUCUUUGGAUGAUAGUGAUGCUGCGUUCUGCAGUAUUUGGCAUGUCAGUGUUGACGCAUUACCUGAUUGGAUGAAAAAGCAAAUAGAAGAGGCCCAGUGGACAAUUGGGAAGCUGAAAUGCCAACACUGUGGGGCUCGCUUAGGGGGCUUUAACUUUGCCUGUAGCUCAAAAUGUUUUUGUGGCCAAGACAGAAUUGUACAUGUGUGUAAGAGAAGGGUUGACUAUGAUGAAAAGGUUUUGUUGCCUAUUUUAAACCCUUCAGAGAAGCGGACAGUUUUAAAAGAGAAUACGUUACAGGAUCCCCAAAGCUUGGACAACGGCAUUAAAGUUAGGCCACAAAGGUUAAAUAGAAAUAUGUUUACUCAUGCUGUAGGAUUUAAUAAUGAAAUAAGAGAGAUGACUGAACCACUUUGCCUUGAGGAAAGAUCAUGCAACAGGGAUUUCAAAGGCCCUAAUUUGCCAGCAUUUUCUGUGGAUUCAUGGUUAGCUAGUACAAAAUAUGCUGUGAGAGCUACACAUAGAAAAACUCAUAGCUUAGAUUAUAUUAACAGAGAUGAUUAUGACUGUUCUUCUGAUGGUUCUUUUAAGACUUCUUUUCAUGGAUCAUCUUUGUCUAACUUAUUGGUCAAAACGUCACAACCGUACAGUCAGAAAGCCACUUUGACAGAAGUAAGUACUACAGGAUCUCUUGAUGCUUAUGCAAAUAGAAGCAAUUCUGUCACAGUUUCUGAAACUGACAGACUUUUAAGUCAGAUGAAUGUGGAUGUGGGAGAUGCAUGUAGCAUCACAGUGCAUCCUUCAAGACAUUUUGCUGAACAUGCUGUAAAUGUGACAAGACAGUUGCCUUCAGAAUGUAAUACUGAGGAUGAACUGGAAGUAGAACAUAUCACUUCUAGUGAAAGCCUUGGGCUAGCUGCUCCAUCAACAUCUUUAGCAGCGGAAAAGAAGUUAAGCAAGAGGGAAAAAAAUAAGCAGAAAAGCAUAAGAAGAAAACAACGCAGAAGAGAACGUUGGAUUCUGGAUCAGAAAAAGAUUUCUUGUGGAAAUCUCCCAAAUCUUUAUGAUGAUAUCAGUGUCAGUGACAAGGAACAAUACAUGUGUGCUAUAUGUUUGGAUAUUUAUUUUAGCCCUUACAUGUGUUACCCUUGCCAGCACAUCUUCUGUGAACCUUGCCUCCGAACUCUUGCCAAAGACAACCGUACCAAGGCUCCCUGCCCGCUUUGUAGGAAGAUCAUCUCUGAUGUCCUUUUCCAGUCAGAACUGAACCAUGCUGCAGAAACACGCUUUCCAAAAGAAUAUUUGUUAAGGAAACAGAGUUUUCAGAGAAAAAAUUAUUCUAAAUGGCCCCUACCCAGCUCAGGAAAAUUCUUUAAUUUUUUCAGAGGUUUUAGAAGAUAUGCUAAUCCUGUCUCAAGAAGACUUUUUCCACGUGGUGGUUACAGAUUGAACACUAUGGAAGCUGACUCUCGAGGAUGGCAAUUUGACAUUGACAUGACAAUCAUCUGCUUGUACUCGGUUAACGGGAUUCUUGUAUUCAUUAUAAUCUGUUAUUUGUGUUACAUUGUCAUUUAUUGUUAAUAGUAAAGUAUCUGCUGUGUUCAUUAGACGAUGAUAACAAAGGGAAAAACUUGUUUUGCUUAACCAGCACUUUCUUUAACAUUUUACACAAGGUUUGUUCUGUACCUGAUAAAGCACAUAAUGAAAUGAGGGUUUUGCUCUGUGAAAAUAAUUGCACAAGGUCCAGCAUACUGGCUUAUUUCAUAGUUUGGAUGCUCAGGAGCUAUAUUAGAAUAGUGUUAUUUGAAAACUGAAUGUUAUACUUUAUAUUAAUAUACAUAUAAUCAUAUUAUUUUAAAAAGUGUUAAAUCUAUCUGAAUCAUUUAAAACUGUCAAAUAGCUGCUUACAGUGACUUACUGAUGAGUUUUCUUCUAAGUUAUUUAAUGCAGACUUGAUAUAGGAGUCUUACACUGAAAUUUACAGGAAGGAAAUACUGUAGUAAAAUAACCAUUUUUUAUUUGUUUCUAAUGAAAAUUUAAAUGAGCAUGUGUUAAACAACUUGAUAAAUGUAAAACCUUGACAUUUCUUAAGCACAAAAAGCCUAUUAAUUCAUCCGUCGCUUUAAUCUGAUUAGUCAGAUUCUGACCGAUAGUCAUGCACAAGUCAUGACCAAAUCCCAGACAACACAGCAGUACAGUAUAUUGCAGGGCACACUCACUCAACUGCUGGCUAAUUUACAGUCUCCAAUUAGCUUACCAGUCUUGUUUUUAUGAUGUGUGUUGAAAACCUAACAAAAAUACCAUUCAUAAUUAUUUUAAAACAUUAAUGUUCCCGCAGGUUUCACAUAGCUGGUAUGACUAUAUGUUCUGAUGUGUUGCAUAUUAAGAUUUCCUACUAAAAUAUUUUGAAAUUAUCUGGAUUAAAGAAAAUAUCAUAGUUUACCCUUCAGUUACACAUUUAAAUUUUUGUCACCUUUCAGUCAUGGAAUAGUAAAAUCUCAAGACAUAGUGUGUUAGAUGCACUCAAGCUCAACUAAGUUUUCAUAAUUUGUUUAUAAAAUCUGAUGUGUAAUAUUAAUCCGCAUGUUGGUAUAUUUUUAUAAACUUUUUAUUUUGCAAUGACAGAUGUAUACUGUAUCGUGAAAGUCUGCACAUCCUCUUUGAACUUUCAGAUAUUUCUGAUAUGUGCGCUUCAGCAAAAUAAAUCAUAUCAGACCUUUUUUAACCUUUAAAUCAGAACUGUUGAGCCACAAUAUUAAAUCUAAAAACAGAUUUUUUUUUAGGGUAAACAAAAUAAAGCACUUUCAAUGCAUUGGUUGCAUUAUUAUGCAUAGCCAUGAAUUUGUUGUUCAUUGAAGCACCUUUUGCUUUUAUUAUAGUAGUAAGAUUGUUUAGCUGUACAGUAUGUAAUUUUAGUACACAUGAAUGUUGCAGUAGUCUCCUACUGUACUUUGCAGAACAGUUCAAAGUCAGUCAUGUUAUGAUUGAAUCCCCUAUAGAUGGUUCUCUUCAGAUGAGGUAAUGACAUGAGAGCUCUGACUGGGUCAUUGUACUUCAUAUUGUCAGAUUGAAAGGUGAACUUUAGCUUUCUAGCAGAAAGCAACAGGUUUUGCCCCAGAAUAUCUUGAUAUAUUCCCCAUUAUCCUGAGCUCUCUGCUGUAAAGAAGUAACCACUUUAAAACAAUGCUGCCAUAAGCAUACAUUAUGUACUGUCUUGUGUAGGUGAUCAACUGUGAUGGCUUUUGUGUGCCUGAAGCUCCUGUCAUCCAAUUGAACUGUAAGUAAAACAGGUCUUACAGUCCUGCAGCAUUGUUGAAGGUUUAGCCCUACUAUCUUGCAAAGAGGGAUGUGUUUUAAUUCAGUUUAAUUCAAUCUUCUGAACUUUAUACCCAAACACUGAACUUUAUACCCAAACACUGAACAAGCUUGUUUUAUCUUUUUUUUUGUUGUUGUUUUCAUCAGUCACCUUCAGCACUUUUUUCUUAUCCCAAAUUGAAUUAAAUAAUAAAUGCAAUAAGAUAUAAUGA